AUGGGGUUGUGUCAGUUCUGUUCAGCUGACGUCUCUAGGGAACUGUUCCUCUGGCGUUUUCUCAACUUUAGUAUUCCUUUGUUCCGUCUUCAAUAUGUCAUCCAUGGAACAGUUACUAAUACCUAUGGGCGGCCAGACGACGUUGUAGCUAGGGAGACCUUAGACAAUCACAUCCGGCAGAAUGAAUCCUUCGUGCUGCGAAUGUUCCAGGCCCAGUUCCGAUCCUCACUGACAUGCCCUAGGUGCCACCAGCAGUCCAACACCUUUGAUCCCUUUCUCUGUGUUUCAGUGCCUGUACCCCAGGAGCAGCCUCGCCCUCUCUAUGCCACCAUACUUUACACCUCCCAACAGCCCAGGCAGGUAAAGCUUGGGCUGUCAUUACCUUCCCAUGCAGAGAUAAGAGACUUAAAAGAGCAACUUGCGUUAGAUACAGGGAUAUCGGAAAAGCAUAUGCUCAUCACUGAAAUUGACGAUAUUUGUUUCCAAAGAACCUUUUCAGAUAACCAGCCAAUUUCAAUGAUAAAAGAAACAGAUCCUAUUUAUUGUAUAGAACUUCCCGAAUUGAAAGAAGCCUCCCAAGACACGGGUGAAUACAUCCUUCUUAUUUGGAUCAACACAUUAAUUAUUGAAGACCAGUGUUCUAGUAGUCCUUACACAAUGCAGGUCUGCAGGGAGACAUCUUAUAUUGAUGUCGAGAAGUUAAUGCUUAAAGAAAUGUGUUGGUCAGUUGCCGAUGGUGUCUUAGAAGCUGAUACUGAAAGCCUGCCAGGAGAAGUGCGAAUGAGGAUAAUUGCGCCCGGGUGUGGUACAGCUUACCUUGACCCUACUCUAGAGCAUCCGUUAUAUGAUGAAAGUGUCGACAAUGCCAUUGCUCUCUGUGAUACUACUUCGGCUCCUCAGCAUCUCAAAUUAGUUCUUGAGUGGGACCUUCGUGCCAAAGACAGUAUGGUAGUUGAUGAUGCUGAUCAUGUCGUUGAACACUCUUCAGUAAAACUCCUGAAACAGAAUGCCGAACUUGGAGGUUCAGUUACACUAGAAGAAUGUUUUCAGCUGUAUACAAAAGAGGAAGUUCUUGGAGCUGAAGAUGCUUGGCAUUGCCCUAGUUGCAACCUGAAACAAGAGGUUGUGAAAAAACUUGGUCUGUGAUCUACCAUCAAACUCACAACUCUGGUAGACUUCCCAGCUAAUGGAUUUGAUAUGUCUCCUCACCUGUGUGGCUCGGGAAACUCUAAUAUGUGGUUGAAAAAAGGUCAAGGAUCUCAGAACAAUACUUACGACCUUUAUGCAGUUUGCAAUCAUCAUGGACAGAAUCUGCACACUGGUCAUUAUACAGCUUAUUGCCGAAAUCCUUACAAUGGUCAAUGGUACUGUUUUGAUGACACUAGAGUAACUAGUAUUAGUGAAAGUGAGCUAGUCACCACUGCAGCUUACAUCCUGUUCUACCAAAGGAGGGGUCUUCUUUCUCCUUCCACUUCAUCCUCUGCCUCAACCACUUCAGAGCACUGGGCUACCAGGCUUGUUCCUGUCUCUAGGCAAGAAGAGAGGUUUCAGAGGAAUUCAAGGCAGUAUGCCACUGUUCCUGCGAGACAGUCUGCUCAGGACUUGAACUCUCAGGGAAAUGAUAGGAUGGGUGAUGACACAUCUAGUAUUGAAGACAAACAAAAUAUUGAAAAUGUAACAAUGAGCCCUAUAGAUCUCACUGAAUCGGUUGUCUGA